AUGGAAGCGGAGAGACGAUUCCGGAAAGACGGGAAUUCCGGAAACACGGGAAUCCCGGAGGGACGGGAAUCCCAGCGGAUCCAGAAAAUCUCUUCCCAAGAGGUAGGCGCUUACAUCGAUCGCAGGCCUCGAGACGAUCGCCGUUCUGGGACUCCGAAGCCUCCUCGAGGCCGAUCCCCGAGGCCGGUCCUCGAGGCCGGUCCUCGAGGUCGGUCCUCGAGGGAGAGAUUCGAGGGUGGAAAGAGAACGAGAAGAUUUGUCGGAUUUGUAGGAGCUGUCGGCGUCGAGCCCGACGCGCCGGAACUGGAGGGGAAUCCUCAUCUCGGUCCUGGUGAUCGCGGCGGUCUGCGGGGCGCUGGUGCUGACGGUGUACCUGGUGAUGCCUCCGGGACCCCCGAAGGGAGGAGCGGGGCACCGAUUCUCCGUCCACGACCUCCACUCGCCGAGGCUCCGGCCGAGGCCGUUCCGCGCACACCUCGCCUCCCGUGGUGGAAGGUGACGAAGGAAGGCCUGAGACGCGGCGAUUCGGCGGAGGGAGUGGAAGGCCUGGACGCGAUCGCGUGGCUGGGACCGGGACCGGGACCGGGACCGGGACCGGGACCGGGACUGGGACUGGGAUUGGUGCACGAGCGGGACGUCUACGUGUACCGGGGACUCGAUUCGCGCUCCUUCCCGACCCGCGUCACCCACCGGCCGGCCCUGUGGAACGGGGUUCCCCAUCCUCUCUACAGAGGAAUCCUGGGCGAGACGGGGAUGUGGGGAAGCGGAGACGGGUGGAACCUCGCCUUCGCGGAGUGGAACGAUUCUCGAGUGGACGAGCUCGGCUUCCCGGAUUACGACUUCGAUCUGGAUCGCAGCGUCCCCCCGCCCUCGGCCCUCACGCUUCCGCUGGCGGGGAGGGCGAACCCGGAGGUCUCCGUCCGCGUCGUGGCGCUCCAUCCAUCCGCGGCGGGUUCUUCGCCCGUUCGAGUCCGGUUUCCGCCUCCCGUCGACGGAAGGGACUGGUACCUCUGGUCCGUGUCGUGGGUGGGGAAGGGGGAGGGUGGCCAGGGUGGCCAGGGUGGCCAGGAUGUCCUCUGCCUCCUCUGGGUCAAUCGGAUUCAGGACACCCUCAUAAUCACGCUCUGCGCGCCUCCUGCCUUCUCCUGCACCAUCGCGACGAAGCUGAGAGGGACGUGGGACGCGCUGCGACGCAUCAGGGGCCGACAAGUCUUCGGCGGGCGCGGGGAAGACUUGCAGCUGGUGGCGCCGGUGCGGGACGGGCCGCGGUUCUGGAACCACGUCGUCGGCGUGCACGCCGCCACGGGGAAGGUGCAGCCGAGCACGUACGGGGCGUUCCACGUGCGGAGGAUCCUCGCCGUGCAUCCGAGACUUCCCAUCACGUCGGUGUUUCGUUGA